UGUUUGCUCUCGAUGCCACAUGAGAAUCUUCGCGCAUUCCAAGCGCUCGACUUGCAUAAGCGAUGGUUGCGCAGAUCGCGAAGCACCAACCGCUGAUUUCUAUGACCUGCACCUCUAAGUGAAACUUCUAACGCUGCCACACAAGCCAACUGUUUACUGUUCACGAAGUCUACUGGGUGGAUAUUGUUGAUUAUUGGACCGUUUUCGGCGCUGGGAAUGGAUGUCCUUUGCAGUUCGACGGAGGAGACGGUUAUGGGACUACAACGAGCGUCGGAAGAGCCGACCGUAAUGGUGAAAAGAAGAGCCGUGACCAGUAGUUUUCUCAAAGAGGUUGCGUCCACACCGGCUCUGCCGAGAACAACAGCGGCUCAGAGGGCCAAGAGGACAUUGCGUCAAAUCCCCGGGAUUCUUCUUCGGCUACUUCCCUGCAUCACGUGGGUGGCAAACUAUGACGUCAAGAGGCAGCUUGUCCCCGAUGUCUUGGCUGGACUUUCCACCGCUGUUCUGCACGUGCCACAGGGCAUGGUGUCAGCCAUCAUCUCCGGCGUGGGUCCCGUGUAUGGCUUGUACAGUUCUUUGUACCCGGCCCUUGUCUACGUGCUGCUGGGCACGUCGCCCUACAUCUCCAUGGGGAUGUUUCCGGUGACGGCACUGAUGACGGCCAACGCUGUCAAGAAGUUCGGGGUCGAAAGCAACGCAACGGUUGGCAACGAGAGCUAUCCCGACUUCGGAGAUUCCCCGGCCGGUGUGGCCAUCACUGUUACGAUGAUGAGUGGGCUGAUCCAGAUCGCCCUGUGGCUACUGCGCCUGGACAGGCUGUCCGUCGUCAUCUCUCCCAUCAUGGCCGAAGGCUUUCUGGCCGGAGCUGCUUUCACAGUUGUCGCCACUCAAGUGCCGCCCGUCUUCGACGCUCCCUACCAGUCAUUCAAGGGCGUCUUCGGCACAGUUCUGAGCCUGUACAGCCUGAUGACGAACAUUCUUUCGAGCAACGUGGUGACAACGUCGAUGUCCCUGGUUGCGUUCGUCCUGCUGGGAGUAUCCAAGUUUGUGUUUGGCCGGAGGCUCAAGAGGGUUACUGCCAUUCCAUUGCCUGCGGACCUGAUUCUCGUGGCAGCUGGAGCGACGAUAUCGUACGUUCUCCACUUGCACGAGAGUUACAAAGUGUCUGUCGUUGGCGUCAUCCCUUCAGGGUUCCCGGAUCCGCUGACGCCUUCGUGGAGGCACUCUUUGAGCGUGUUACCCGACGCGGUGGCCAUCGCCUUGGUACAGUUCGUAUCGGCAGUGUCCAUGGCAGAACUGCUGGGACGCAAACAGCGCCUGAAGGUAGACGCAAGGCAGGAGAUGCUGGCGUACGGCGUGAGCAGCGUGGUAGGCUCCUUCUUCCAGUGCAUCCCGACGGGCUCUGCCGUCGCUCGGUCCAUCAUCCUCAAGGACGUCGGAGGACAGACACAGGUUUCAGGGCUGGUAUCCAGCGCCGUCGUGGCCGUCACACUCUACGCCUUCGCUCCACUUUUCGAGCCUCUACCAAAGUGCAUCUUGGGCGUUGUGAUCAUCGUGGCCCUUGUGCCCAUGUUACUCAAAGUGAAGAACCUGCCCAAGCUGUGGAAGACGAGCCGUUCGGACGCGGCGUUGUGGCUUCUGAGUUGCGUCAGCGUCAUCUUCCUCGAUGUCACCUACGGCCUGAUUGUGGGAAGCCUGCUCGGACUACUCAUCAUCUUCCUUAAGCUGAACAGUCACAAGGGUGUAUACUUACAAGCAUACAGUAACGAUAUAUUUCUGCCUUCGGGAUCACACAUUUCUUGGCAUGACGGUAUUGUCAUAUUCCGAUUCGGAAGUCCACUGUGUUUUGCUAAUCACAAAAACAUCAUCUGCGGGUUCGAGGAAAUUUUCCGCGAGACUCAGCUUGAAAAGCCCCAGUUCAUGGAUGAAACCGAAAAUCUAAAAUCAGCGAAAGCCAUUGUUUUAGAUUGUUCUGCGAUCAGUUUCAUAGAUUCUGUUGGCCUCGCUGCGCUGAACGUGGUGGUUGAAACAUGCAAUGUGAACAAAUGUCAACUGUUUCUUGCAUCACUGCCAACUGGAACCCUGAGCAGCGUCCAGUCCCAGCCGGACCUGGCGUCAAGGAUAGGCGUCGGUCGCAUGGCUCCGACCAUCCAGGACGCGCUGGCCCUCGUCAAGAAGGAGCUGUCCGACUUGGAGACAAAACAUCGAUUGGACAUUCUUGUGUGACGUGGACAUUCGGCCACCAGCCUAGUUGCUUCUUACGUGCGACGCCUAAUCUACUUCACUCUGAGGAUUGCUCCCCUGCCGGCGUGCAUUCGCACUUCCGCUGACGACAGAGGUUGGUCCCCUUGGACCGGCCGUCAACGCAGAUGAACUGCUGUGAUGAUGGUAAAAAAGUAGAGUGUACAAUAAUAAUAAUAGAUACACCACUCUCAAAUGUUUGAAAAAGAACUGCUGCGAUUGUCCGUUUGCAAUAAACUGAAGGCGCUUAGAGUGACAUAUAUUGCUCUCUGAUCUUCCUUUUGGCAUGAGUUAUGCCUAUACUUGAUUCUGUGAACGACUUAAUUUUUGCUAGAAGCUAAUUUUCGCAACUCGCCAAAAAUUUAUCCCGCGAACAUAUCCUCCCGCAAAUAAAGAAUAUACAGAGUAUCCCUCCUAUUGGCGAAAUUUUGUGCCCGUGAAAUAUUCCCCAAACCCCCGUCUCGCCAAAUUCUUAAAUAUUGAGCCCAAUAAAAUAAA